CAAGAAACAAAAAAAAGUUACAAAAUCUCAAAGGCUAGAAGAAAUUCGAUCAAAACAACAAAUAGAAUUCGAGGAUGAUGUCUAUUUUUAGCCCCUUUGAAGCUCUUUACGCUGAAUCCAACGGCUUCAAGAUGAUAUUCUCAGGCACCAAGAAUCAGUCGCCGGGGACGGAGCAGCAAAAGAACGCUGGAAAAACUCCGGUUUCAUCGGACGACGAAAAGAAUAAGAAGAAGAAGAUCCAACCGAUGAGGAUAGCUCCAGAGCUUGACGGUGUUCAUUGUUUUGAAACUAUUCUUCCAUUUUGAUGAUUAUGAUAAAGAGUUAUAUUAUUUUCCAGUUUUAUUCAUUACUUGUAAAAAAAAUUGUACCUUUUGUAUAAAGAUUAAUCAGACAG